CAAGAUAGUACAUUACUAAAUUAAUUAAAUAAGUUUUCAAUAAAGACAAAAGCUAAACCACUACGGCAAUAAUACUAAACAUGGAACAUGUAAACCAAUCACUCCCACCUACUAAUCAUAUCAAACCUGACAAAUAAUACCACGAAAACAUAUGUCAUUACUUCGUGUACGUGUGUCCUAAAGAGACAAACAAACAUCAUAAUCACGUAACAUUCUGUACCUAAAUAAUAAUUUCCUAAAAUUUGAACAUAAAUAUAUACUAAAACUAUAUUGAUGAGAUCCAUUAUUGGUUUGCAGUUGAUAACUUCAAUCACUCUUUUUCACUUUCUUCUUCACGAUGACGCUACACAUCAUUGACAUUACCCGAGUCACCCCUGCCGCCGACUCAGACUCUGUUCUCAACUCAGCCAACUCGUUCUCCCUUCCUUUAACUUUCUUCGACCUACCAUGGCUACUGUUCCACCCCGUCAAACGAGUCUUCUUCUACAAACUCACCGAGUCAACCCAUGAGAACUUCAUCUCCAUUAUCCUCCCUAAGCUCAAGCUCUCUCUCUCCCUUGUCCUCCACAACUACUUCCCUCUCACCGGCCACAUCACUUGGGAUCCAAACGAAUCCAAACCAAGCAUCGUUGUCGCACCAAACGACGCCGUUUUGGUGACUAUAGCCGAGAGUGAAGCUGACUUUUCUCAUAUCUCCGGCUAUGGACAACGUCCUGUCUCCGAGUUACAUGCCUUGCUUCCCAAGUUACCAGUUACUGAUGACUCAGCCACUGCCUUCUCCAUACAAAUCACGUUGUUCCCGAACCAAGGAAUCUCCAUAGGCGUCGCAGGACACCACGCCGUUUUAGACGGGAAAACGGCAAGCAUGUUUAUGAAAGCUUGGGCUCACAUAUGCAAACAACAACUCGAUAACGUAAUCUCUCUACCAGAGAAUCUAACUCCUUCUUAUGAUCGGUCUUUGUUAAAAGACUUAACCGGACUCGAUGAGAAGAUGAUCGAUACGGUGAGAUCUAACAAAAAGGACAAAACCAACAUCAGAAGCUUGACUCCGUUUCCCAAAAGAGUACUCGGAGAUGACGUAGUCUUGGCCACGCUCGUACUCUCUAAAGAUGACGUGGAAAGACUUAAAGAACAAGUCAAGAACGUGUCACAAAGCCUCCACUUGUCUACUUUUGUCAUUGCUUACGCUUACACGUGGACAUGCUUCGUAAUGGCACGUGGAGGACAUGGAGAGAGGUUAGUGAGUUUACUAUUUGUCGGAGAUUUUAGAGAACGUUUGGAUCCGAAACUUCCGGCGACUUACUUCGGAAACAUACAGUUUCCGGUGGGUUGUUACAACCGUAAGGCGUCGGAGUUUAUGGGAGAGAAAGGGUUUGUUACGGCGGUUGAGAUACUUAGUGGUUUGGUCAAAGAGUUGAGUUCAAGAAAGAAAGAGAUGAUCGUGAAGGAGUUUGCCGACAGUUUCUAUUUUCUAAAAGGGAGCACACAGUUUGGUGCAAUAGCCGGGUCAACCCGGUUGGGAAUAUACGAGUCGGAUUUUGGGUGGGGAAGACCCGUUAAGGUUGAUGUUGUUUCCAUUGAUCAAGCAGAAGCGUUCUCUAUGGCUGAGAGAUGUGAGGGAUCAGGUGGUGUGGAGAUUGGAAUGUGUCUGAAGAAGAAUGAAAUGGAUAGGGUUGUGUCUUUUUUCAACAAUGGUUUACAAAGUUAAACGUAUCUAGUGAUACCUUCGUACGUUAAAGCUUGCUUUAGUGUUCUUGUUUCUCGUUGUGAUAUGUUUUAAUACAUAUCUUAAAGCCCAUGUAAUGUUAUGUUGAUACAUUCAUCAUGGUACUUGAUCUUCUCACG